AUGCUUCGGGUAGAUGGUUCUGCAUUGCUGUCAGAUCUAAUCACAAGUGACGCUGGACGAGACGAAGCAGUGCCACCCCAGUUCCUGAACUACCCCACCAACACGUAUUCCUACGAGAGUACGGACAUGGAGCUGGAGUGUGCCGUAACGGGGAACCCUCCCCCUACGGUGCACUGGAUGAAGAACGGAGAGGAGGUCAUCCCCAGUGACUACUUCCAGAUUGUUGAUGGCAGUAACCUUCAGAUCCUUGGUCUGGUGAAAUCAGAUGAAGGUUUCUAUCAGUGUGUGGCUGAGAAUGAAGCAGGGAACGCCCAGGCUAUGGCCCAGCUCAUACUGAGAGAGCCAGGUAAGAGACAGACCUCACCAGGACAAGCCAAACUAAGGCUUUUCUUGUCUUCUCUGUCUGUCCUUCUCUGGUCCUCAACAACACACAACCCAUACCUCCACCCCCGCCCCUCCCUCCUCACUAACAAACCCCAGCCUUUCCUCUUCUUCCUCACCUUCCUCACCUUCCACACCUCCACCACUCAUCCACUCCUCACCCUCCAUCUGCUGGAAGGUCAUGGGAUAG